AUGGCCGAAUUUCCGGAGCCGCUUACAAUUCGGAAGGUUUCGCGAAGCCAAAGUAUGAGCUCUUCGGGAUCAUUCCCUUUCAUACCUCGCCGCAAAUCGUCGCUCUGUGCAAGUCUGAGCAGCGGAUGGAGCGGACCAGCAACAUCAACUAGAACUCCAUCUCUUGAUGACACAAUGUAUCAGCUCCAUGUCCAGAAGAUCAGAAAACCUGCAAUCAAGGCCCCCCAAGACACAGUGCGUCUUGGCUCAUUUGAUGAGGAAUUUGUUGACGAGAUAACGCAGAAUUCUAACAAGCCAUCUCAGUCCGAGAUAAAGAGCAACCAUGGACACUGGUUUUCUCCAAGGUUGAUUAUGCGUUGGAGCUCCGGUUCAUGGAACAUGAAUGGACCGCUGCUGUCUUCAAUUUCUGCCGUUUCCUCUGCCGAUUUACUAUCUCCAGCACCAGCCUAUGGACAAUUGUUGAAAAAGCACAAGCAUGGGCACUCAAAACCCAAGCCUUUCAGUUCCCUUGCUAUAAUGAACUUGCCCAUUGCAUGUGCCAAUGUGCAAUCAGUAGCCGAGAGGACCCAAAUUGGCAUGUCUGCCACAUCUCUAUGGACUCAAGUGCAUGUUUCUGUGGAUAUCAGCUCUCCUCCACUUUCAGCGAAUUCAAUCAAUCCACCACUAGAUAUCAUUAUUCUCCUUGACAAAUUACCCCAGCCAUCUCUGUCUCUUCUUGCACAAUUGACAUCAGCAUCAUCUGUUUUAAUUUCAAACCUGACUCAAAAUCACGACAAGAUUGCCCUAGCAUAUGUGGAUGCCAAUGCAGGCUGUGGCUAUGAACCGCUACUCUUAUUGGGAUUCCAUACCAUCGAUACUAUCCGCACCGCUCUGAACACAUUUUCACAACACCAGAUCUUGAAGAGCGGAAGUCUUUAUUCCGAUGUUGGAAGUGUCAUUCGACAAAUCUCUUCUUUAUUCUCAUUUUGUCCGCGGCAGUCAUUUUGUCAUAUAUUUUUUGUCUCUGCGACACCUCCAGAGCAUUUGUCCGUUCCCUCAAUCAACCCAGCCAUUGGUAUCCACACUGUUACUCCUCAUUCUCUUUUCCCUGUGGGACAGGAAGUUUUGAACCUUGGGUGCCAUAUCCCUAACAACGUCGGCACAUGUGCUGGCUCUAAAGAAAUCCCUCUUGUACAAGUGGCCUCUCAAAUUUUUCGUCAGCUUCGCACUGGGAUACAUCCAGGGUCUAUUUGUGACGUGAAACUUUUUAUCCAUCCCAACGAGGGAUGUGAGAUCACGUCAGCAAUUGAGAACUUUGGACUCAUCUCACUUCGCCCUGGAGAAACCUGGACCGUCCCGAUUCAGCUUCAUGUACCAGCUACAUUUCGGCAUACAUAUUACCAGGCUGAACAAUCAAACCAUCCAAUCAUCCAAGAAUUGAUUACUGAAAUCGAUUACCUGUUGAUGGAUGACUCUCCUGAAGAAAUGAUUCAACCAAUCUUUACUGCAUGUGUUGAAUACAAGCAUUCACUUCUACCAACGUCUAGCACAGUUCACAUCGAAAACUCGUUUACCAUUAUCCGGCGACAGUUUGAUUUUUGA